AAAGUCCGAAACGUCUCAUUCGGCGUUAGUUGCUUCUACGAUUCGGACGUGUUUGUCUUCUAAUAUUUUGUUCGUCAAGCAGUCAUCUUUUCAUAAAAAAAAAGUUGGUCAAUUUUCAAGUUUCUUUGCAUCGUGGAUUUAUUUAGCAGAAUCAUUUGCUAAACUCCUGUGUUUUAUUCAUAAAACGUACAAAUUUCGCAGUUCAUUUGCGCUCAAUAUUCAUUCCUGCUCGUAGAGAAAAAAAAACCACUGACAAAAUGGCCGAUGUUGUUGAAAAGAAAGACACUCCAAUUGUCGAGAAAGUCGCUGCUGAAGAAGUAGAAGCAAAGAAAGAAAAAGAUGUUGCAGUAGAAGCAGCACCUGCCGCUGAAAAUGGUAGUGCUGACAGUGCAUCCGCCAAAGAAAACGGUGACGCUGCCGAAGUAGCUGCUGAAUCUACAACUGAAACACCAAAAGAAGCAUCUGCUGAGGCUGAAGCUGAAGCUGCUGCUCCCGUCGAAGAAAAUGGCAAAGAUGAUGAAGCGGAGAGCGAAGAAACUGAUUCAGCACCCGCAGAAGCUGUUAAGAGAAAAGUCGCCGAAGCCGAAGCCGAUUCUAAACCAGAAGAAUCCACUACAGCAACACCAGAGAAAAAAGCCAAGCUGGACGAACCAGUUAAAGAAGACAACCAAAAUGGUUCCGAGGCAACAGAAGUUGCGGCUUAAUUUAGAUCUUAAUAUAACACUUAAACUAUUCUACAUAUUCAGUAACAAAAAAACCAGAGAAGUGUACACCCAUAGAAUUUUAUGUGUAUGAUUUUAUGAAAGUGUGUUCAGUUUUUUUUUUUGCGAGGUUGACAAAACUUCCAUAAUAUGCAAUCUGCAACGACUAUACUUUUACAGUUGACAUCUAAAGAAGAGAUAAGGUUUGCAUUUUAUUUUCAAUAUUGAAGGCAAACCAAUAUCUUUCUUACCAUGAAAAAGGCUAAACCUGUACAUUCAAACAAAUAUUCAAUAAAUUACUCGACUUGAGGUCGAGUCAAAGCUAG